AGUAUGUCGUAAACAUAUUAAUUUUCGUUUUUCCUCGUCGAUAAAAACACACACACACACACACAAUGUUUCACUUCUAAUCAUAUACGUUUAUAGUGUUAUCCGAUUAUUGUACGACAAUAUCUAAGUGAUAAUGCAUCAUUAUAUCGUACUGAUUGUUUUUUAAAAUUAUCCGUUCAAUUAUUUACUACACAAAGUCUCGCAAGAUAUUUAAUAUCUUCACAUAAUGCAUUUCAAACCAUAAUAGAUUCAUUUCUUGAAUAUUGUCAAUCCAAACUUGAUCAUGGAAAACUUUUAUUUUCAAGAACAACAAAUACACCAAUACAACAUGAAUUUCGUCGUGCACAAUCUAUUCUUUAUGAUUUAAGGUAUUUACUAGGUGUUGUACCUGAUCAUUAUACAAAUGAAUUACGCGAAAAUUUUAUAAAUGGUUUUCAAGCAUUUCUUCAAUUAUUAAUAUAUAUACAUGGUAUGGAUAAAGUUACACGACAAACUGGACAACAUAUUGAAUUUGAUCCGGAAUGGGAAACAGCAUUUAAUUUAGUUAUUAAAAUUCAAGCAAUUAUUUCGUCUAUAUUAGAUUGGUGUUCACAUGAUAAAGAUUUAUUACUUCGUGCAUAUGAAGUAACUGGUUUAGCAUUAGCUGAAAUUGAACGAACAAGUGAUGUAUCACAUUUAAUUAAAGAUAAAAAUAAUUCAUCAAUUGUUAAAACAACCGUACAUGAUUUUAAAAUUGAUUGUUUUGCAUAUGAUGUAGCAAAAGAUCCUGUUACAGUACAUAUACCUGUUGUAAGAUUAUUUGCUGGUAAGUUUUAUUCAAAGAAAUAG